AAUACCUCCUGUCGUCGUAACCAUUUCCUAUGUCUCCUAUCCUAUAAGCUCUCAGAGCCCGUUACAGUCCGAUGUCAGCUACGUCGGCGAAGGCGUCGGCCGUCGGCAGCAAAGUCGAAGGUCAUUCCAAACAGAUCUUGGAUAACCACACUUGGACUUCUAUCAAGAAAAUAAAUAAUGAAUACUGGAAGACUGUCCUGAUCCUCUCGAUAUUGACGCUAGUGCUUGUUGCUAUAGUAGCAGGCGUCCUUGCGACCCAGCUUUCAAAGUCGGGCAAAGAUUCUUCGUCUGCCCCGGAGCAGCUAUCAGAGCCAGAAAUCACGAUCAUCUUUUUCUCCAUCAAUUGUAUCGCCGACGUCACCGUCAUCGAAAUUAUUGUCAUCGCUGCCAUUGUCGCUAUCUAG